CGUUUACUUAGUUAGCUAUUGGUACUAUGCCAGUAACGUUUCUGGAUUAUUGCUUAUUUUUUCGUUGCCCGUGGACGGUGUAAACUGACCUGUAAGUGCUUAAAUAUUAACCUGUGAUUUGAUUUUUUCAUAAAAAAAAAUGUUGACUCAUACAAUCAGAUAGUUGAUAAGUAAUUCGUUGCAGUGUAUAGUUUGAUAUAUAAACAUUUAUAGAAAUAUUUAGUGAGUAGUGACAAAACUAUUAUAAAAUGAUUAACGAAGACAUCCAAUACGAAGUCCAAGUAAAAAAUGCGUACAAGAAUUAUGGAGAAAAGAAUGUAUUUAAUGGUUUAAAUAUGAAAGUUACAUCAGGUUCAAUAUAUGGUCUCUUAGGUCCGAGUGGUUGUGGAAAAUCGACACUACUUCAGUGUAUAUUAGGAAAAAUGACAUUGGAUUCUGGUACUAUUGACUUAAAAACAGCAAAUUCGAAAAACAUUGGAUACAUGCCACAAGAUUUAUGUUUGGAAGAAUUGUUGACAAUAUAUGAAACGUUUGAAUACUAUGGAACUUUGUAUAGAAUGAAAAAGAAAAAUAUUGAAAGCAAAAAAUAUGAACUUCAAUCAUUUCUGCAAUUACCAAGCAUGGAUUGUCAGAUUAAAAAUUUAAGUGGUGGGGAGAGUAGAAGAGUAUCACUUGCUAUUUCGUUACUGCACGAUCCAAAAUUGAUUAUAUUGGAUGAACCAACAGUUGGAAUUGAUCCUGUACUGAGACAAAAAAUUUGGAUUGAGUUUACAAAGAUGGUUGUUCAACAUCAAAAAACCGUUAUAAUAACUACUCACUAUAUAGAAGAAGCUAGUCAGGCUAACCGUGUUGGCCUGAUGAGAAGCGGAGUAAUUAUAGAAGAAGGAUCGCCUCAAGAUAUUCUCAUCAAAUCUAAUACACAAUCAUUGGAAUCUGCUUUUUUAAUACUAUGCAACAAUCAAGAUAAAAAUAAAAAUGAUACCACUAAAUAUGUCCCUGUGAAAGAUGUACCACAAACGAAAAAAUUAGCGCAAUUAGAAAAUAAUAUUGAUUUUCAAAGAAUAAAAGCAUUGUUCAAAAAAAAUGCCCUAGUAUCCUCUAGAGAUUACGCGUUAUUAUUUUCCCUAAUUAUCCUUCCUGUACUACAAUCUUUUAAUUUUUGUCUUGCAAUUGGGGGCGAAUUCAAAAAUAUGCCAAUUACAUUUAAAAACGAAGAGGUUAAUUAUGAAUUCUGCCAAAAUUAUAGUACUAAAGGAUGUAUUUUUGACGAGGAUUCCAAUGAAACAUUAAGCUGUGUUGUACUGGACUACUUUGCAUCACUCAAUUACAAAUUAAUCGAAGUAAAAGAUCGAGAAGCUGGUGAAAUGACUAUGAAUAAUGCAGGAAAUAUGGCAUUUAUACAUUUUCAGAAAAAUUAUACAAAAGAUUUGAUUAAAUACAUUGACCAAAAAUACGAUGAAGUAGAGUCCAAUACUUAUAUUCAUUUAACUAAUGAAAAUUUUUUGUAUAAAAAUCAAAUUAGGGCGGAUGUUUUUAAAUCGUUUACUCAUUUAAUAAACCUAACUUUAACUAAGUGUAACAUAAAUCCAAAAACAAUGCAUUUACCUAUAGAAUUUCAUACUGUUCUUGGACAUGAUGUUAAGACAUAUGGAAAUGGAAUUGUUGCAAUAUUUAUAGAGAUGGGAGGAUUUUAUUUUCCCAGCGUCUUUGGGUUAAGCGUCAUGUCAUCAGAAAAAAUGGACGGAGUUCUUAGCCGAUCGAUGUUCGCAGGUGUCAAACUGAUGGAACUUUUGAUUUCGUUGUUUUGUAUAAGUACAGUGUUUCUUUCGGUGCAAAUUGUCCUUAUGUGUUUCAUUAUAUACGUUUUGUUUGUUAAUCCAAUAAUAAUUACACCAGUACUGUUUCUGUACGUAUUUGUAUUGGUGCUAUCUGGAUGGAUGGGAUUCUUGUUUGGUAUUCUUACUGCUGUAAUAUCGACGACGAAACUAGGUGGUACUUACGUCAUAACUGGACUGUCGCUGUCACAGUUUUUACUUUCAGGAGGAGUAUGGCCUAUAGAAGGACAAUCAGAGUUAUUGAGAAUCGUUUCUCGAUUAACUCCUAUGGGAUUAAUAGGAAGCAUGAUGACCAACAUAUCCAUAAAAGGGUGGUCACUGGACCAUCCGUCGAUCAUUGUGGGGAUCUCAACAACACUUUUUUAUAUUGUAGUAUUGGUAUUGCUUUUGUUUGUUUUAGGAAAAUUUAAAAAACAUUGGUGGGUCGUACAAAAGUGAAUGUUAAUCUCUAUAGAGUAUACAAUCGUAGUUAAAGAAAAGUAAAUGUUAAUUCGGCACAUAAAAAUACCUAAUAUAAUAUAUAUAUAUAUUAUACCUAUUA